AUGCGGCGAGCUCUCCACCUCAGCUCGCUCUUCUUUGCCGCUCUUACGGCUGCCAGGGACAAGGUCUUUUUCCUCGGACCAAUGAAGACAGGCACCACGAGUCUGUCCAAGCUCUUCACCGAGAGGGGCUACAAGACUUGCCACGGUGAAUGCGCGGGUGAGACGUGGUCAACAAUGACACACGCACACAAGGCGGACUCAAAGUCCCUGAGAGACCACGACGCCUUCAUGGACCAUGGAGACCACACUGACUUCGAGUGGCUCAACCAAACGUAUCCGACUGCGCGCUUUGUGCUGAACACGCGCUCGCUGAGGAACUGGGUCGUGAGCAAGGCGGACCAUAUGCGCCGCAAGCGUGUGAGUGCUGGCUGCCCCCCGUGGGGCUCGGACUGCGCAAAGGACCCACACGGGUUUGUGUCCAACUCGAACACCACGAUCCGGCGCUGGAUCAUAUCGCAGGCUGAGCACCAGCGUAGGGUGCUGGACUUCUUCAAUGGCUCGCGCUCCCUGCGCAACCGCUUUGUCGUGGUUGACGUGGAGGGGCAGAGCGCUCGCUCCCUCAACCUCCUGCUGGACUGGGUGACGAGGUCCGACGUCAGCACCAGGAAAACGACGGACCCCGUGCGUACGCCGAAGUCAGUCCCGCUCAGCCACGCCGUGCACCACACAGAGGCCCCAGACGCGAACAGCAACGCGCACUCAUCCGACACGAGGACUCGCGUGACGGAUGUGCUGCGGAGCCUCAGGGUGCCUGCGUCGUGUUGGGAGGAUACACUCUACUUUGGUUGCCUUAAGGGCAUGACGCUAACCCGCUCCGAAAAAGACAUCCUCUGUGAGAAGUAA